UAUAGUUGUAUAAAAUGUACAUAUGUACACAAGCUUCAAUAUUUUAAUGAUAAAUAAUCUUUCAUAAACCUUAAAAAAUACAUUUCUUUAUAUUUAGAGCCCUAUUUUUAAAUAAAAUAAGACCAUGAAGCUAUUGCUCCCUCUGUUUAUGGUUGUGCAGAGUCUGGAAGUAACUGCAUCUGCCAGGAUACUUGCUCUGUGUACUGCAGCAUCCCACAGCCACUCUCUCUGGUGCUACCAAUACAUGGCAGCUUUGGCAGAGAGAGAGCAUCAGAUCACAGUUUUGGGAGUUGAUGAACCAAAAAUUCAAAUACCAAAUAUUACUACAUUCGUUGCAGGUGAAGUGUAUAAUAUCUUUAACAUCGAUUUCAGUGAUUACAAACCAGGCUGGUUAGAACAGCUCAACAUCGGAAGGAUAUAUCCUGGCUUCCAGUUCUGGGACGAAUCAGCAUCUAAAAGAAUAUUGCACUCAAGUGCACUACAGAAUGUUUUGAACCGCUACAAAAAUAUCAAGAAGCCUUUUGAUUUGAUAAUCCAUGACAAUGUGAAUGCUCAAGCACUUCUUGGAUUGGUACAUCUAUUUGGAAAUCCUCCUUUGAUUUUGGCAACAACUUUUAGUUCACCUCAGUGGAUGACGUUUCGGGCAGGAAAUAUCUUCAACCCUGCCUAUAUCCCCAGUAUGAUAACAUGCUCUGGACAAUACAUGACUUUUUAUGAGAGAUUUUUCAACACCUUUAACUACGUUUUCCUGGAGUGGUACCAAAGAUUCGUCUCAGAGCCUUUCCAAGACAGGUUGAUGAAAGAAGUGCUUGGGCCUGAUUUACCUCAUGUGAGAGACAUCGCCAAGCAAGCAAAUAUCAUCAUUGUCAACCACCACUUUGCUCUGAAUGGCCCAAGGCCUAUGUUACCUGGUGUCAUUGAACUCGCAGGUCUUCACAUCACCGAACCCAAGCCAUUACCAAAAGACAUCAAAGACUUCAUGGAUGGAGCAGAACAUGGAGUUAUCAUGCUCAGUUUUGGUUCCAACGUUGACUCAACAUGGUUGCCAAGAGGUUUUGAGAAUGUUGUAUUGGCAGCACUGAGGCAACUGCGACAGCGAGUGUUAUGGAAAUGGGACAAAGACUUGCCUGACAUCCCACCUAACGUGAAACUGAGCAAGUGGCUCCCUCAAGGAGAUAUUUUUGUACAUCCCAAACUGCGCCUGUUUGUCACCCACUGUGGUUUGCUCAGCGUGCAAGAGGCUAUAUACCGCAAAGUACCGAUGUUAGCCCUACCGUUGUACAUAGAUCAGAUAGACAAUGCUGCUCUGUUGGUGAGACACAACCUCUCCAUCCAACUCAAUGUUUACAAUCUCAAUGCUGACCAACUGCGAGAUGGGAUUAUGGAGAUUCUGUCAAAUCCAGUGUACAAGAGAAACACGGAACGGAUGGGUAACCUGAUGACAGACAUGCCUCUGACCUCCAAACAGCAGGCAGUGUUCUGGAGUGAAUAUGCCAUCAGACACCAAGGAGCACCACAUCUACGCUCAGCUGCUGCAGACAUGUCCUGGAUUCAGCUGCUCAUGCUUGAUGUCAUAGGUACUGCCUUCUUGAUAUUGCUGAUUGUUUUGUGGGCAGUCAAGACGGUACUUCUAUUUUUCUUGAGGAGAUUUGUCUUCUCAACAUCAAAGAGUAAAGUAGAUUGAAUUAAUUUGUCAUAGUUCGUGUUUUUAUCUGAGUAGUAUUUAUUUAGUAAAAUCAAAAUUAAAACAAUAUAUUUUGAAUUAUUGUAAUGUUCAAUUUUUCUGGUAAUAGAACUCUUUCAGUAAGAGAAUAAACAGUGAUAAAGCUAUGAGCUGGAUGCACUGAAGAUUGCACAUUAUUCGAUGGAACAUCAUGAUCUAUGAUGAACUAAACUUAUUAUUUCUUCAACAUUGUAACUGGAAAAUUUUAAUUGCAUGUAUAGUUUGUAUAUUUUGAAUGUAUAAUGUAUGUUACAAGCCACCACAAUCAGAUCGAUUGUGAAAAACCAUCAGAUUUUAAUUCUAAAAACUACCCAUAGAAUACAAGAAAUAAAAAUGCAAUAGUCUUCCCUAAACAUAAUUUCAAGUAUUUAUUAACCAAAAUUCACUAUGCAAGAACCAGAUAUUUUUUAAGUAUUGUUUUUCAAAACAAAAAAUAUUUAACUGAAACUAAAAAUUUUAGAUAUUGGUUAAAAUAAUAUCUAAUAAAUCGAGCAUUUAAUUUACUAAAUGUGAUUUAUUUAUUUAUUAUAUAAUAAUUAUGUAUUUUAGAUGUGAAGUUAGUAUCAUAAUUUAUAACUAAACUAACACUAUUUAAUGUACAGAAAAUUUAAUUAGUAACAAAACAGCUAACUGACUUCGGUCUCUAAUGAAGUGUCUCCUAAGAAAAUAGUUUUUAAGUGGUAAUACUCUGACAUAUUAUUAUUGCUCUGCACAUAAAUCUUACCAUGGAACAAUUGUAAGUAAUUAACGUAAUAUUUUUACAAAGAAAUUAGAACUUUACAAAGAAUCAUACAUAGCUGUUGUGACUUAGUAAAUGAAUACUGGACUUAUGAAAUAAGAUUUUUAAGGUAGUGACUCUUCACAUCGAAUGGAGAAUGGUCUACAAUGAGUUUUUACUGUAAACUUAGCUAAAGAUGUACAUCAUUAUGAAGGGGUUUUUAGCAGAGAUGAAUGCUAAAGGGAAAAACCUGGUAUCUGUUAUUAUAAUAGAAAAUUGUCGUUUUUAGGUUGGGCUUUGGACUUAAUUUGAUGUACGUUUUAUAUUACACUUUAAAACAAUGUACAUCUUGAGCUAUGCUUACAUUGCAUUUUUUUGCCGAACUCCUUGUAGACCAUCCUUUAUUGGAUGUGAAGAGUCACUAACUACCUUAAAAACUAUUUCAUAAGUCCAGUAUUCAUUACUAAGUUUAACUUUCACAACUAGAACUAAGACAAGAAUAUUAAACCAUCUAGAACAGGACCUAAAUCGUAAAUGUUUUAAACUUUAAGUCACCAUAAUUUUUUAGAGAGUGAACCCUUUGAUGUCAGAUUUGCAGAAUUGUACUCUACUAAUAAAGACUUUUAAUUUGAUGUACUA